UACAAAGGUCGUAAAACGGCAGGGUCUCAAAUUGUCCCAUUUCAGUGGGCAUCCAUCCAAAAGCUCUGUAUGGCUACUCUGAAGUGCUUCCCCAAGUGACUGCAGUUCAGCUGGUGAUUGUUGCAUGGUUCGAGGGAUGAAGGCAGCUGGGUUGGCUACUCAGUGUUAACCUCUUGCAAAAUAUUUGUUCUAAUGGUCUACUCUUAUGACCUUCCUUUAUUUACCUCUCAAAUCUUAAGCUUACCUUGGAUAGCGGACGGAGUUUCGACGUUUUCUUAAAAAAAAAAAGAAAGAAAAAAAAGGCUGCCUGGCCCCAAGUAGGCCUACUGGCCCUUUAAGAGGCAUAGAGACGCUUAGAUGUCUUUUUUGUUACUGUGUAGCACUCUACUGUGCGAGAUGGUAAACAUGUAGCUAAUGGAAAACGCCUGUGUUUCGCGCUGACUGUCAACUGCAUUUUUCUUCUCAGAGGGUGAAAAGCAAGCGUACGACGGUUAACGGUGAACUUGUUUUCAGUACAAAUCGGAGAAGGAGGAAUGGACGGGUUAUCCUUCGAGACCAGCAAAAAUUCACAGUGGUUUAUCCAGCUACAGAGAGCACCUCUACAUUCGGUAGUGAUGCAGGUUCAACGCCUCAAAGUAGCCUAACCGUUCCACAGAAACAUGGAACGGAACAAAGACCUGCUUACACACAGUUUCUGACUUUUACUGGCCUGCCGUAUGGGUUCAAACAACAGUCUGUGAGGGCAUAGUGAAAUACGUUUCUGGAUGUCAAAAUGUUAACGGGAUCCAAGACAACGUUCAAAGUGAGACAAAUGGUUCCUGAUGUGAAGGACAGAAUGCUGAGCCACAGCAGCCUUCACUCUCGGGGGAGGGAGAUGUUCGGCCUCUGCUGUUUGCCAGGUGAGUGUGUUCUCCAGAGAGCGGUGCUGGUGAGGAAGAAGCUGUCUGCCAAAGAGGGGGGAGGCUGGCUGUCCGGCACUCUCUUCUGCACCCAUUUCAGGGUGGCCUUCGUGCCCCAGGACAGUCCCAAACCUGACGACAAUGCGGAUCCUGUGCUGCUGGGGGACCAUGACGUGGCGCUGGCUUCCAUUGAGAAGGUGGUGGCUGUGGGUCCUUCACGUACCAAGCUGGUGACGGCGAACUCCUCAUUGAAGUUCACUCCAGAGGAGCUGGUGCUGUACUGCCGGGACCUGCGCGUCAUAUGCUUCCUCUUCGACCGCCUCACGCCAGAGACACAGGCUGUGGAGAUAACGUACACCAUUGCCAAGACAUACCAGCCUCUGAAGCCGGGGACCGUCCUGUCCUUCCAAAAUGCAGCAUUAGGUUCAAUAGAGAUGAAGCAGUUCCUGAGCAACCGGCCGCGUGACCCCGACAUGAACUGGUUCGAGAGCACGGUCGACUGGGAGCAGGAGCUGGAGAGGGUGGGGGCCACGGGCUGGAGGGUCAGCUCCGUCAACGACCGCUUUGAGAUGUCUACCAGUCUAUCCAGGUUUAAUGUGGUGCCGCAGAAGGUUCUGGACACAGAGCUGAAGAAGACUUUUGCCCACUUCAAUGAGGGCCGCCUCCCUCGCUGGUGCUGGCGUCACCCCCGUGGCAGUGAUCUACUACGCAUGGCCAGCUUUCAGAACAACAUCUAUCACGAAAAGGACGACAUCAGGAACCUGGAGCUGGUGCUGUUUGGUGUGCAGCAGGUGUGUGUGGUGGUGGAGCUCGGGGAGGAGAUGCCUUCAACCGCAGACAUCCAGCUGGCCCACACCCGCCUCAGGACACUGUGUCUCGGAGACAUCUCAGCAUCUGUGUCUGUGCCAGAUGACAAAUGGCUGUCUACGCUGGAAGGCACCCACUGGCUGGACUACAUCAGGUGCUGCCUGAGGAAGUCAGGAGAGGUGGCUAGCUUGCUGCGCGGCGGCCACCUGACUGUCGUCCUCCAAGAGGCGGACGACCGGGACAUGAACUGCGUGGUGUCCAGCCUGGUGCAGGUGAUGUGUGAUCCACACUGCCGCACUGUGGCCGGCUUCCAGGCCCUCGUCCAGAAGGAGUGGAUCAUGGCCGGACACCGCUUCCUCAGCCGCAUGAACUACAACAGAGACAGCGACAAGGAGGAGGCCCCAGUGUUCCUGCUCUUCCUGGACUGCGUGUGGCAGCUGUGUGCCCAGUUCCCGUCCCGGUUCCAGCUGAGUGGGGACUACCUGCUGGCCCUGCAUGACUCUCUGCACGUGCCGCUCUUCAGCAGCUUCCUGGCCAACUGCCAACGCGAGAGGAGCCGACGCUCACAGCACCUGGCCCAGAGCUACACACCCGUGAACGGCCUGCGUGAGCUGCCCCGGGGCUCUCCCCUCCAGGAUCCCUGCUGCGACCCGCCCCUGCCCCCCGUCUGGGACUGGGCCCUGCAGUACUCUGGCCAGCGUCGCGGCCGCUUCACCCAGCCUGUCACCCAGCCCGCCAGCCCCCCGCCCCUGCUCAACGGCAACCUCAACACCAACCUGGACCCACACAGGCAUGUGGAUGGUAUGGCUGGCUCUGUCUUCCUCUUGUCCAAGGGUUCCUUCUCCUCGCCCUCCAACCUCCUCCCGUGGCGAAGCAGCGCCGGGUCGGCCUACCGCAAGAGCCACCGCAGGGCCCCGUCGGCUGAGAUGCUGCCCGCUCUGGAGCGCCUCCUGCGGGCCUGCUCCCUGACCGAGUCUGGGCCGGACCCCCACGAACCCCUCCUGCCCCUCCUGCUGGGGCCCUGCAUCAAGGUGUGGCGAGAUUGCUACCUCAGAGGGGCACUCCACGCACAGGCCUUUACCCACCCCAUGCCCUCCUCCAUGCUGCAUCCAGUGGACCAGCUGUCCUUGGAGGUGCAGCAGCUGCGUGAGAAGCUAGCACAGGCCUCCUCCACCUCCUCGUCUUCUUGCUCCUCGUCCUCGUCCUCUCCCACCUCCUCCCGGACAUCCAGCAACCCCCGCAUCAAGCAGGACGCCCGCCGCACCGACUCCAACCUCAACCAGAAUGCCAACAACGGCACCUUCCUCUUCCCAAACUCCAGGUCCUCCAACCAGCCCCCUGCCGCCCCCAGAGGUAACACCCAGACUGCUGCCUCUGUCAAACCCACAUCCAGGCCCCCAACGUCCAUUGCCAACCCCCCUCAGACACGGCCCUCUGGCAGAGAUGGGACCAAGCACACUUUCCUCUUCGGCGGUCACCAGCCGGACAACCGGCCAGGGCAGCAGCGCUACAUCCCGGCCCCACACACCAAGCCUCCUCGUAGCAGGAGCAGCAGCAGCAGUGGGGGCUCGUCCGGGAUCCAUGGCAACAAUGUGCAGUGAGCUUCUUCAUCAUCAUCCUCAUGCUCUUGAAACUCCUGCUGCUCUCAAAGCACAUAUCCUGCACUGCCUUUCUACUUUUUUAAAAGAAGGCAUAAAACAAAAAUGGCUGCUUGUACCGAUCUUCCAGGUGAUUUCCAGAUUUGGCUACAAAAAAAAUGUUUGAGCGGGGAAAAUCUCGUAUCAGUUGUUAAUUGGAAGUCUACCAUUGUCACAAUCACUAUCAGGAGCAAUGCAGAAGGGACAUAAGAGACAAUUGCACCCAUCACUGUCUUGUGCAGUAUUACACAGCAACAACAAUGGCACUAAUUUAUUUACGCAUUUGUCGCACUAUUGCCUUUUCUCAUUUUGUGUUUUUGAAUAAAUGAAGAAGACUGAUUCAGAUGGAGCACACAGCAACAUGCUUUUAAUGUCUUGUUUGCUGCCCUUAUAUCAGUCUAUGCCAAAUGUAGAUUUGUACGGUGUCCAAUGGUCGUAGUGAUGGUGUUCUCAAGCACAUGGUUGGAGUGGGAUCGCAUGCAUGUACAUGAUACUGUAUUGGCUUAAGACAUACAGUAUUUUCUGAAAUGGCACAAAUGAUUCACACUACCAUUGUAAUUUCCUCUGAGGAAUUCAGGAUGAGCUAAAAUGCUUGAAACGGGUCUAUGUGAAGUGCUUCACAAAGCGAACACUAGAGGGCAGAUAUCAUUCCUGUCAAAUUCCAAAGAGUGACAUGGAGGUACAUAGGUUAGAUACGGUGUGUUCUCUCUCCUCUCUCUCUCUCUCUCUCUGUCUCUCUCUCAUUUAAAUGAUCAUUUGAGGGCAUAGCAACAUUUUGGUACGGCCAUGACUUGUGUGAAGACGAUAUGCAUGUUGUUGUAAUUAUAUCUUAAAAAUUGAUCAAAGUUAGUUGUAUAUUUAGUAUGAGAACUAAAUAUAUGGAGCAUGUCCGAUGAGAGUGGCACAGCAGAAUGGGAGAGUGGCAUGUUAAUAGUGAUUUUGGCUGGAUGGCCUAAUUUGUCUUCUAGAUGUCUAUUCUUCAUUCUCUCCCUCGCCAGUAGUGGAUUAUUUAAGUUCUUAGUACCAUGCGGGCCUUUUUGGACGAUUUUUUUUCAUUAACAUAUCAAAAUGAAAGAAGUUUAAUAUUUGUAUUUUUCAUCUAAAUAUUAUCAAAGUGUUAAUUGUCAAUCAUAUGAGUCAUUCUACUCAUACAUAUCAUUAGUGUAUCAAAGCAUACUGUAAAAGCACAAUUUUCUGGUCCAAGUGUCCUAUUUUCUAAUGUGCUGUUGUUGUUUUGACACUUUUUUUAUAUCGCUUUAUUUUUGAAUGCAUCCCUGUGUGGGGGAGUUUGAAGAGAAUAACCUUAGACUGUCGUCAGUGAAUUCCUGAGGCGCCACUGGAAUUUAACUGGAGAAUAAGCUGACACAGGCUUUUCAGUGGACCUCUGUCUUGACUAUUUAAGAAAAAGUAUUUGUUUAGAGGAACAGCUGCUGACGUCAUGCUGAUUUGCAGGCCUGUUAUGCAUAUGAAGUGGAGGACUGGGAGGGAUAAAGCGCUUGUUUUGGUUGCAGUGAGAGGAGGCUGUCUGGCUAGAGUUAACAGCUGAAGUUAGAAAGGUACGCCAUGCAUUGCGCCGUGUAUCUAGGGCACAGCAAAUGACUUACUCCCUUAUGACCCAGCACGGGUGCCAUUGCCAGAAGAUCUCUCUCCCUAUUCUCUCUCUCUCUCUCUCUCCUUCUCCCACACACAGCACUCUCUUUCUCAAUAUGGAAUGUCAGCCAGAAGGACGGGGAAAUGUCCUUAACGAUGUCUUAUUGGGUUUUCUCUAUGGCCGUCUUUCAAAGUUUGCCACUGCUGCAGGUUUGAAGGGCCUCUGUUCUGGCUCAGGGCUUUCCAAGGUCAUGAAGAGGGACAGGGCAACUGACCAGUUUACCGGGCCUAGGACAAAGUCAUCUUAAAGGGCCCCCCAUCUAAUAAAUACAAUGUAAUGAAAACCCAACUUUGGGUGCCCUCAAAACUGUUCCCUUUGUCCCCCUCCCAUCGACUUCCCUGGAGAGGGAGAUCAGAUGCUAGCCUUGGUGGAAGUGAAAUAUGUUACUGUAUUUGAAAGCAGAAAAGGGGAUGUGUGCAAGUCAAUCUUUGUCAUCACAUCCUUUCCAACGGCCUCUGGCCUUGUGACGUGAAGCUCGAAGUCAUCGAUGAUUGAAGUUUGUAGUCUUCAAGGUCUUGCUUGCAAAAGCACAGUUCAAAGUUUAUUCUCUCAUUUGCAUGUUGAAAGGGAAAAGCCCCUAAAAAGUCACUGUGGUCGAGGAAGGAAACUGUCCUCUCCAUGGAUGCGGGGUGACACUGAGGCAAGAGGCCAGACGCCACAGAAAAGGACGGGAGGACAAAGAUUGACUUAUACCCCAUAUUGUAUUGCAGUGUGGCCAUUUCGGGUCACUGGACUGUCUGUAGCAUUGAGGGAAACUUAGCACAUUUGAAAUGAGGCGUGAGAAAAUGACUUAUAGGUGUGGUUACAAUUUUUUUCCAAAUCAUCAUAAAAACACAGCAUUUACAGUACCAGCCGGAACUUCCUGUGAUGGUAUCCUGACAAAAACAUUUUGUGAAACGUGAUUUUUGUUUUGUUUUUCUAUUUAUAUUAGCAGGUAAAAAGGGUACAUCUCAUUAAGUUUGUUUUGUAGUUCUUUUGUAAUUCAUCAUGGCACGACUCUUCUACUUUGUGUUAAGAUCUUACAAGUGCUUUCGCCCCAGCCUUCAUGGAGCAAACUUCAGGUUCAUGCACAAGUGUUCUGCAUGACUCAUCCCCAAGCAAUGAUGGUCCAAACAAUGGUUACUUGUUUCCAGAAUUUCAUAUGUGUUUUGUAAUGUGUCAGCACAAUUGAUGUAUCUAUUUUCUAGCAUUCUGUAUUUUUUGUAUGAACAUCCAGUAGCAUGUUUCCAGGUAGGUUAAUAAAUCUAAACGUAAGCUAUUUUAAAA